AUGGAUUACAGCAAUGACAAGGAGCCAUGGGAUUGGCAUAGGGAGGACUAUUGUCUCCAGAAGAGUUUCAGUUAUGAAAUUUCCCAAGGACUGUGGAAUGAGGUUCCUCAAAAUGAAGAUCUGUCCUGUGUGUUCAAUGAUGAAGCAACACCAGUGAAGGCAUGUGGGGAUGUUGCAUACAAUGUCAAUUAUAGUGAGUCAAAUAAUCUGGAAAAGGAACCAAACAAUUGCUUGAAGACUUAUCAAUUUAAGAGACGGCGGAUGCUACAAUUCAGUACUCAAGAUGGGGGUCAUUCCCCCUCCAAUGAACAAAUGUCUUCAGCAUAUUUGAAAGUAAAGGGGAAGGAGAAUCCAAAUGAGGAAAUUUUUUCAGACCUACCACAAUGGGUAUCUGGGGCAUCAGGAAGUGCUUCUUCUUCCAAUUAUGAAGACCUUGAGUCAGCUGAAGCGUGGCUAGCAGAUUGCUUUACGGAUGCUGAAAUGCAAUUAUGUCCUGAUGAUUUGAACUUUUCUGGGGCUGAUGAUGUUCAUAUAGAUGUUGCAGAUCUGUGCAACCUCCAACCUUUGCGUGAACAAAAUGUGGUUCGAACCCCCAAAAAUGUUGUCUUCAAAGGUGGGAAAUCAUUUAUAGAAACACCCUCAAAGCUAGCUGUUUCUGUGGCCUAUCCAUUUGCCUUCAUCAAACCCAGUGGUGCCCAUGGAGAUGUCACUCUGAAGGAAAUAAAUCAGCGUAUUCUGUCUCCACCUCCUCUGGAAUCCAAACUAACUGUGGAAGAUCCUUCAACUUACCCAAAAUCAGCCUUUUCUGGGAAGCCCGUUGUUGGAAAAACCAAAAUUCAAAUUGAAGGGGGAAAAGGUAGCAUCACAAUUAUGAGAACCAAAGGCUAA